GGACGCUCAAGUUGUGCAGGCAGUGGCAGCCGACGGCAGUAUACCUUAGCUUCCCACGCGUGGUCUCCGGCCUUCAGACACUUUGUAUUGUUACGCACUCUAGAUGAACUUGAAGCACCAACUAUUCUGACCCGCUAUAUCUGAAAGCCUGCUACGGAGGCGUGCUGGCACACAACUUGUGACUUUCUUCACCUGAGGGCAUGCCAGGAGUCAGCUGUUACGCCAGUAAGCAUGUUUGGCUCAAACGGGGAACUCCUCAGCGGUUCGCAGUUAGAGAUGUUGCGUGUACUACGGCAGCAGCAGGAGCAACAGCACCACCACCAACAACAGCAACAACAACAGCCGCAACGACAACACCAGCAGCCUCUGACAAUGCUGCACCAGCAGCAGGGCACAGGGGACAUUGGCGGCCCAGGGGUUGCCGCCGUAGCGGGCUUCAACCACAUGGGCGCUGUAGGCCAGCUGAGCCGUGGUUCCCAUAGCCAUGCCAUGAGCCGAGCUGCGGCGGGGCUUCAUUCCGAGGGAUUGGCCCACAGUGGCCUUGGACGCAGCAUGGAGGACCAGGCCAGCGGGCUGCAGGCUCUGGCAGAGGACGAAGGCAUGGCUACAGCUCACGCUGUACGACGAGGUGCAGCUUCCGUGGCUGCCGCAUCGGCAGCUGCCAGCGCUGCACACCACUCCAUGGCUACGGGCGCCGGCACGAGCCCAGCCCACGUCAGCGGCCUCUUUGCACAAGAUGGCGUAGCCUCGCAGCUUUUGUUGCGAAUGGCAAGGAUGCCGGGCGGCCCAGGAGUUAGGGGUGCGGCCUUAGGGCACCUGCUGCGUCACCUGCAGCCGGCUAAUGGCCACAGCGCUGACGGUCAGGAUACCGCCGGUGACAUCGACGCUGGGCCCGCGGAUGGACACCAUCUGCGGCGGCAGCAGCAGCAGCAGCAGCAGCAGCAACUUGAGCAGCAGCAACCGCGGGCUUGGCCACCUGCCGUUGCAACGCGGCUUGGUGAAGGUGCGCUGCUGUCUGCAGCGGAUGCUCACGACACUCUGGCCGCGCUGCGUAGCCGCCGGAGGUCGGACGCAGACGCAGACAUGGAGCCGGACAAGGGCGGGCCACAUUUAAUGAGCCACGCGUGGGAGCAGCACCAGCGGCAGCUUCGAUCUAUGGAAGUGGACCACCGGCGUGGCCUUGCCGUCGGCACCAGUUUCCAUAGUCGCACGGAGGACCUGGCAAUUGGUGUUCGUGCUCACCGGCAUACAGGAGGUUUGCUGGGUCGAGUCUCUGUGACUGCUGGGAGGGACGCAGCCCUUGCAUCGGGGCAGGACGAGGUGCACGUGCAAGGAGCAGCGCAGGCACGCCCUUCGUCAGUGCCAGCAGUUCAGCCAUGGCCGCGGAAGCGAGCAAGCGGCAGCGGGCUGGAGAUGGGGCAACACGGCGAGGGGGUCAUAGCUGUCGGAGGUGCGCAAGCCGGAGCUUCAGCGCCACGUGAGCAGCAACGUGCACACUCUUCAGCGGCCGCCGACCAUGACUCUGAUGUAGAGGAGGUGCCCCCGCCACAGCACACGGCUGUUGGGCACGAAAACGCCCCGCGUCGGCUGCACGAGCCUGGCGUGGGCACUGGCGCAGCCUCCGAGUGGCGGCCGCCAGUGUGGUCCGGGGAGCCAUCAGUGCUGACUGAGCAGCUGCGUAAAGCUGUUCCCUUCCUGCUUGCAGCGGGCAAGCGGUUCGAGCCGAUGGCGGCAAAGGUGCUGCAGCAGAUUCGGGACCGCCGGCUUCAGCCAGAACAGUCAGGGCAAAAGCCAAUGCCUUCAACACACGAAUUGCAGCAGCAGCAGCAGCAGCAGAAGCAGCAGCACAUAUUACAGCAUCACGCAGAUGCGGAAAGUGACCAGGCGGGUCCUGACCGUCGCCGGGGCAGUUUGGACAGGACACCACCGCGCAAACUGCAAGCCACGCAGCGCUCGGUGCCGACAACGGCUCAACCAGACAGUGCUCCUCAGCAGCGCACACAAAUGCCUGCACCAAUUAGGUGGCAUGGCCAAGGAGCGAAGCAGCCAGUCAUAACGCAAGGGCGUGGGGUUGUCGUGACAGCUCGGUCGGAUCAGCCGCGACUUGUUACCAAUAAGUUGCCGCCCCAGACCCGGGUGCUGCCGGGCUCCGGCCGGACACCUCCGCCUGUGAUUCGUCCAGGGCCCGGCCUGCCUGUUCCAGCUUGCGGCCCGUUGCGUGGCAGCGUGCUGGCUCCUUCGGCGGCUACAGUAGCUCCUACCCAACUGCACCAGCCAGCUGCUGCUGUCGCUGUACGCCUCUCUGCAAGCGUGCUUCCGGCGGACGCCGUAGUGCUAAGUGACGUGGACGUGUUACUGACAACCAUUGGCGGACUCCUGACUCGCGCGCCGGCAUAUGGCAUUGUCAGCAUCACAGCGCUGCUGGGGCUGCAUGCCAAACUGUGCGUACGCCGCGGAGUUGCGCUGAGCCCAUGGGUGCUGGGCCAGUCACGGACGCUGGCUGCGAUGCAGGCGUCCGCGCGCAGCCGUAGCGCAGACGCCUCUGCGCUGGCUGCCUGCGACACUAAACUGCUGCUGCUGCUGGAUAUGGGCGCUGGCGGCCUGGGCCUCGAUGCCAGCCGCCCGCCGCGCGUGCAGCAGACCUGUCGGAGGGGCGCCGGCGGCCGCAGCGCUGGCGUGUUGGACACGUCGCAGCUGGGCAGCUGGUUUGUGGUCCACUGGUGGCCGGACAAGGAGGCCGACGAGGUACUGCAGGGCGUGGGGGGCACUGGUGGCAGCGGAUCAUGUGGACGGCCACAGCUGGAGUCUCUUCAUGCGUUUGCUGCCCGCUUCCUCCCGCAAGGCGUCUCGGGCCGUGCAGCGGCUGAGGACACGGCUGAGGCAGAGCAGGCGGUGUUGGAGCUCAUCAGCGUGCUGCCUUACCCCGAGUCGUCGGGCGUCAAGGGCCUGGAAGCACUAAGGGCUGCGCUCACCAGUGGCAGCGUUCAAGAGCACGAGCUGCUGCCGCUGGCACAGUGGUGGCAGGGCGGGCCGGGGCCAUGCUCGGCUCUUGGUGCUGCUCACGGCGCGGCAGCAGAGCACCAGCGCCUCUACAACGAGCAGCACGUGCAGGCUCUCGGUGACAUCGACGCCCAGCAGGACCCGGGGGGAAGUAGCGGCGUGUUCGCUGCGCUGCUGCUGCUAGCCGAGGCCGCGGUAGAGCCCCAGCCGGCCAAGGAGACAGCGCAGGAGCAGUCGGUGUCGGCUCCAGACACGUCCGUGCGACAGGAGGGACGCAACCAGAACCAACCGCUGUCGGCGCAUGGAGCAGCCCAAGACGCAGUGGAUGGCGGACAUGAGGGCAGCGCAGACGAUGUAGCAACAGAACAGCCACAGGUGGAGCCACCUAGCGAAUCAGCUUCGCCCAAGCUUGAUUAGGUUGUGGGGAGCGCCGGCGGCAAUUUUGAUAGUAGUUUGAAGUACUAGCGUUUUGUGAAGCAGGUGCAGCAGCACGUUUCCUUGGUGUGACCAAGGCAAACUUAAGUUGGCUGGAGUUUGGGGGCCGAGCGGAGGCAGGCUGAGGUUACCAGGCGUGGCUAGUAGAUGCAGGUUGGGCACAUGCGAUCUGAGGCAGGUUUGUAGCUGCACGUCCACAGCGUGCACGUGCGCAAGGAACAGGCUACUCGAGUUGGGUGAUGCAUUGCCUGCACUGCAUUGCCAGUAAUCUCACACCGGGCGCAACAGCCGUGUACUUCAGUCAGGCCUGCGAGAAAGGAAUUGAGAAAGGUCGGUAGCGAGCUUAAGGAAGAUGCUUAGGUACUGGGAAGCAUGACAUUUGGACUCCGGUCCGGGAUGCUCGCUACAUUAGGUAGACUGGGUUUAUUGGUUGCACAUGUAUGGCUAAAAGACGCUGGCGUAUCGUCACCUUGCCCUUCAGAACGUUAGGUGGCAGCCCGUGCUUGGAUUGAAGCCGUUGCAUGUUGGUACACGAAGAUGCUUCACGAAACGAAUGCGCACGGUGUUGGUUGGUACACGUGGAUUGACGUGCUUGAAAAAAUGCAACACGCACAAGCGAACAUGACGUUGUAGAGCCGAGGCCGUGGUACACGUGUGAAGGUUUGGGUAAGCGACGGUGAAGGCAGCGGGUGACCAGCGUACCGAAUGCGGCCAGGCGAACACGGAAUCCCAUACACACCCGGAACACACGCACGAAAUAGUAAGACAGCGCGUGUCUCUGUAUUAUUCGAGCGAGGCUAGCGUGACGUACAGCAAGGCUUUCAGGGAUGGUUGCCGCGCACGAUUCCGCGAGGAGGCAGGGAGCAGGACAUGUGCAACGAUAGGUUGCCAAGCCAAGUUGGUAUCGCGCACCUUUAGUGCAAGAACGCAUUGACCUUGAUGGUAAAGGAAGAAAGAAGCUGGGGGCUGGUGAAGAGCACAGGGUUCAGAUGCAUGGGGCAUGUCCGGUUCACGGGGACCGUUAUGUCCUUGUGUAGGGGAGGGCAUUCAGCAUGGUGGCAGCAUGGGGUCCUGCAAGGCAGGGUGGCUUUGUAGUGUGUACACGGCUACAAACCGUACUGCGUGCCCUCCCCCUGACAUGUGCACCAGGGGCAACGAGGCAGGCAAGGCAUAAUGAAGCCACACAAAUUGAAACAGGCAGGAAGGCUCUGGGAAGGGACAAGUGUUCCCCGGUCACGGGAAAAGGGGC